ACCAAUCCAAACCCACGAGCUCAAUUCUUCGAAGGAAGUGAGACUAAUAGCGUCAGAGAAGUUACUACGGAUCAGGGCACGGCGAGUGAGGUAUUUUUUGGCGACGUUGACCAUGCAGACCAGGUGGCAGGUGGCACAGCCGAUGAAUCUUCUACAGUCAUGCUCGGUGAUGUUCUGUUUGCUGAAGAUGGCUCAUUAUUCUUGCUGGAAGAUAUUGUAUCGACUGGUUUGCAUCCCUAUACGGAGGCUGUGGAGGAAGUGUACGAUGGCGAAAUCAUUGACGAAGGCGCUGAAUCGCAAACAAUGGCCCAUUACGAAAAUCGAAUAGAAGAAGUUGCCGAUCAGUCGUAUCCAGGAGUCAGUCAAAGGGAGUUCCACAGGCGAGAAGAGGUCGUUGGGGAUGGAUAUGACCGAAGUGUGGUACACUCAUACAACAAUGCAGAAAAUGUUCGGGAAGGGUAUUCCGAUGGCAGAGAGCGUCAGGAUGUACAACAACGAUACGGUGGAGACGUGGUAAUUGAUGAGGCGACUAUGCACUAUGAUGAGAGCGAGGUGGUGUUGGGCGAUGAUUAUGAGCACCAAAUAGAGGAGUAUAACGAUAAUCAGCACUAUCAAGAGUCACCGACAGCAGAAGGCCACGGAAACGUGAUCGUUGAGGAAGGCUCGAACAUGAUUUCGGCGGCUGGAGAGGACAGCUCAAGUUUGUAG